AUGAAACUAACGAAGGCUGUCUUCCGGUUCCGGAGGACAAACUUGAGCACCCUUUUGGUGAUCACAUAUUUGGUGAUCACAACUCUUUAUGUGUGGGACCACUUUAGGUACCACUUUACAUUGCCAUCAGACUAUAAUUAUGCGCAGAUGCUUGCAGAUGCCUGGUUGGAUUUGGAGAUCAUCACACAAUACCCGCAUCCGUACGCGUCGCAUGCAAAUGACAAGGUACACGAUUAUUUGUUGGAUAGGGUAAAGGAGAUUACGCGCGACUCUAUGUUUGCAGAGAUCUCGGACGACUAUGGCAUGGGACUCCGGACGCUUUUCCGACAGGAGGAUGCGAUCAGCGGCACCAAGGAGUCGACGGUGGUGUACUACGAGUCCUCGAACGUGUUGGCCCGUGUGCAAGGUCGGAACUCUGCUUUGGAUGGGCUACUUUUGUCUGCACACUACGAUAGUGUACCAUCUGGGUACGGUGCUACAGAUGAUGGUAUGGGGGUGGUGUCGAUGUUAGCUAUUCUCACGCACUACGUGAAGAAUCAACCCGAGAGAACUCUUGUGUUCAACUUUAAUAACAACCAAGAGUUUGGCCUAGCGGGCGCAUCAGCCUUCUUUGAACACCCGUGGUCAAAGGAGAUCUCUUAUGUGAUCAACUUGGAGGGAACUGGCGCCGGUGGCAAAGCUGUGUUAUUCCGGACAUCAGAUGUCUCGACAGCACAAGUAUAUGCUGAAGCGGUCCGCCAACAGCCAUUUGGGAACUCUAUGUACCAACAGGGGUUCUACAAUGGGCAUAUUGGCACUGAAACUGAUUUCCAAGUUUAUGAAGAUCAAGGUUUGCGCGGUUGGGAUAUCGCUUUUUACAGACCAAGGAACUUAUACCAUACCGCAAAAGACACUGUCUUAUACACAAGCAAGCAGGCACUAUGGCAUAUGUUACAUACUGCCCUACAGUUGACGGACUAUAUGGCCAUCAAUAAGCCGGACAUGGAAGAUACCUCGAAUGCGGUUUAUUUUGACUUAUUCGGGAAAUGGUUUGUCGUCUGGUCUGCCAGGAGCUUGUUCUACUGGAACUGUAUCAUCUUAGCAUUGUUCCCUUCCAUUCUUGCCAUUUUAUUCCUAGUUGCAUAUGACAUGCAGUUGUUGAAGUUCAAUUUCUGGGAUGCGAUGUUAAGACUUCCCGUCUCAGUAUGCCUUGCCUAUUUCUGUGUCAAACUAUUCCAAGUACUAGUUGGCCAGCUCAAUCCUUAUGUGUUUUCGCGGGACUACGUUUCUCCUAUUUUGGCUGAAGCAUCGAUGUUUAUCUUCAUGAACUAUGUGAUCCUAUCUUCAUGGGAAAGAUUGAGACCUUUACGUGAUUUCAAGACAGUCGCACUAGUAGAGGUCUCAAUGGUGUUGUGGAUUUACUUGAUUUCUGUUACCCGGUGGCUACGCGAUUCUGACUAUACUGCGACCGGGCUGUAUCCAUUCACAAUUGGUUACACUUUUGUAUCCAUUGGAGCUAUUAUUGGUGUUUUCUGCGCUACCUUCAAAGCUAAACUCAAUCCUGAAGACGACUCUUAUGUUGGGGACAGUAAAGUUGAUAUUGAACAGCAGCAAAUGUUAAUGCAGCACCAAUAUCAGCAACACUCACAGAAACAUUCAAACCAACAUUCCCCGCAUCACUCCACUCACCACUCAGCGCAACACUCAGUCCACCACUCCCCACGCCAGUCUAUUCACCAAGUUCCAAGCUCAGAGCAGCGUCAGCGUGAUGCAUCGGAAACGCCGCACGUAAUCAUAUCCGUUGAUCAUACAGCUGGCCACCAAGAAGAUUCCGAAGUUACACCUUUGCUAAACACCGGCACGGUUGCACCAUUUCCGAAACCUGUUCCUGAACGUGUUUCGAGGAAAAGUUUCCUCAGAAAUGUUGUCACGAGCAUACUAAAUUACGAUUGGAGUAUUCAAUUUAUGGUAGUGACUCCAUGGGUUACCUACUUCACGUGGAUCUGCCUCGACCUAAUCAUGGGUGCCAUGAACCAAACAAUUCAGGAAAGCGCAAAGGGUACAACAUUUGUUACCCAUAUGGCCUUAAUUGGUAGUUUGUUGUUGUCAUUACCGAUGCUACCAUUCACAUAUAAGUUACAUUCUUUUGCUGGAAUGCUGUUUUUGCUGUUGGCAGUGACAACGGCAGUCUGGACCAUAGUUGCGCCUCCGUUCACUGAAUCAUCUCCGCUAAAAUUGAGAUUCUUGCAAACCAUUGACCUAGAUAAAAAUAAUUCCAGUUCAGUCUACCUAUAUGGCCGUGAGAGAACUUUUAUGGAGCCAAUCUUGGACGAUAUCCCAAGUGUUACCAAGUACCGCUGCGUUGAGUACGCCGGUGAUGGCGUAGAUAUUUGCGAGUACAAUGGUAUGCCACCAAGGAUGUUCAACAAUCACCAUGAAGCUGAAAGUGACUGGACCAAGAUAAUGACCCUCGAGAUUCUAAAGGAUGACCGUAAUUCAACAUCCAGAACACCAUAUCAACCAAUUACUGCUGAGCUAAAAAUCAAUGUGGAAGAGAAUAGAGUGUGCACAUUGAAUUUCAAUAGCACUGCAUUCAAGAAUUGGAAGCAAGGCGUUUCACCGCUUAGAGAAGUAGUAAUUCUUCAUGAGAACCCCUCCUCUAAUGUAACUCCCUCUUUCUAUAAUACCGCGAUGAAAAACGGAUAUUACCAAGAUGAAUUCGGUAACGAUCACUAUCGCUGGAAUAAUGGGAUUACUGAGCUACAGUUGCAUAAACUAGAUUUCAAGCGCGGCUAUUACAAAAUUGGUUUGGAGUGGAUUCCACAAUUAUUGUACAGAGGUUAUGAUCCAGCGACAAGUAGUAGUGAAGAAGAUGAUGCUUUGGGAGUUAGUGUCACCUGUUACUGGGGUGAAUAUGACACAGAUUCUAUCACGGAUGGGUUUGCGACCACAAAUGUCCCUGCAUAUGAUGAAUUGAGGAAGUAUUCUCCUAAGAAUAUCAUCUAUUCUAGCAAAGAGAAGGGAAUGGUAUCGGUCACAAAGUACGUCGAGUUGUAA